AUGGCGGAAAAGAGGCGCGCCGACUUCUUAGACAUAGAAUCCGAUAAUGAAGGAAGCGAGGCCGGCUACAACUCUGAGGACUUCGAGAAAUUGAAGGGGAAGGGAACGAACAAACGCAAGCAGCCCAAGAGCACAGAUCUACAAUCCAAACGUCGAAGGCUUUCAGACGAUGAAUCCGACGGCGGUGAUAACCAGGAUGAAUCUGGUAUACUGGAUCUUGAAUCUGCCAUUGACGAUAUAACUCAACCUAGUAAAAACGGAGAGACAUCGAGUCGAGUUUCAGCCGACCCAGCGACUCCAGGCGAAUCCGCUACCCAAAAACUUACACCUUCAAGUAAAGCGACCAAGAAGAGCCGAAAAAAUAAAACAGGUGUCAUCUAUAUGUCCUCCCUGCCGCCGUAUUUAAAGCCGUCUGCCUUAAAAUCCAUGUUGGUGGCACGCGGUUUUGGCCCUAUCACGAAGAUCUUUUUAUCGCCAUAUGUCCCUCCAACCAGCGCUUCCAGAGCUGCCAUAAAAGCAAGUCGGAAUAAAAGACGGAUGUACACUGACGGAUGGGUCGAAUUCGAAUCAAAGAAGACUGCAAAGAUAUGCGCGGAGACCCUUAACGCCUCGAUUGUCGGCGGUAAAAAGGGCGGCUGGUACCAUGAUGACGUUUGGAAUAUGAAAUAUUUACGAGGCUUCAAAUGGACAGAUCUCAUGGAACAAGUGCAGAGAGAGAAGCGAGAAGCAGAGGCCAGACGACGUAUUGAGGAUACCAAGGCCAGAAAAGAAGAGAAAUCGUUUUUGCAGAGACUGGAACAAGGGAAGAUGGUGGAGGGUAUAAAAAAGAAAAGAGAAGCUAGGGAGCAACAAGCAGGUGGUAAUGAAGAGCCAGCGGAUAAGAAGAUGGAGAUUAGGAGGGUUUUCAGACAAAAUGAAGUCAGAGGGAACAGUGGUGGUUCUGCUGGUGCUUCUGGCAGCUUAAAGAAGGUUGACCCGGAUACGCAGAGGGUCUUGUCGAAAAUCUUCUAA